CAGCGCUAGGAGUCCGCCCUCCCUCCCGCCCGGCUUAGAGGACAGCGGGGAAGGCGGGUGGUGGGGCCGGGGGCCUGAAGCGGCGGUACCCGCACAGGUGGCGGCAGCCGAGGCCUUGGCCGAAGCCGCGCGAACCUCAGGUCAAGAUGCUGGGAACCGGACCUGCCACUGCCACCACAGCCACCACCACGUCCAGCAACGUGAGCGUCCUGCAGCAGUUUGCCAGCGGCCUGAAGAGCCGGAAUGAGGAGACCAGGGCCAAAGCUGCCAAGGAGCUCCAGCACUAUGUCACCAUGGAGCUUCGAGAGAUGAGUCAAGAGGAGUCUACUCGCUUCUAUGAUCAGCUGAACCAUCACAUAUUUGAACUGGUUUCCAGCUCGGAUGCCAAUGAAAGGAAAGGUGGCAUCUUGGCCAUAGCCAGCCUCAUAGGAGUGGAAGGCGGGAAUGCCACCCGUAUCGGCAGAUUUGCUAACUAUCUUCGGAACCUCCUCCCCUCUAAUGACCCAGUUGUCAUGGAGAUGGCAUCCAAGGCCAUUGGCCGCCUUGCCAUGGCAGGCGACACUUUUACAGCUGAGUAUGUGGAGUUCGAGGUGAAGCGAGCCUUGGAGUGGCUGGGCGCUGACCGCAACGAGGGCCGGAGACACGCAGCCGUUCUGGUUCUCCGCGAGCUGGCUAUCAGCGUCCCCACCUUCUUCUUCCAGCAAGUGCAGCCCUUCUUUGACAACAUUUUUGUGGCCGUGUGGGACCCCAAACAGGCCAUCCGGGAGGGAGCUGUGGCUGCCCUUCGUGCGUGUUUGAUUCUCACCACCCAGCGUGAGCCGAAGGAGAUGCAGAAGCCUCAGUGGUACAGGCACACGUUUGAAGAAGCAGAGAAAGGGUUUGAUGAGACGUUGGCCAAGGAGAAGGGCAUGAAUCGGGAUGAUCGCAUCCAUGGAGCCUUGCUGAUCCUCAACGAGUUGGUCCGAAUCAGCAGCAUGGAGGGAGAGCGCCUGAGAGAAGAAAUGGAAGAAAUCACGCAGCAGCAGCUAGUCCAUGACAAGUACUGCAAAGACCUCAUGGGCUUCGGGACGAAACCUCGCCACAUCACCCCCUUCACCAGCUUCCAGGCUGGCCAGCCCCCGCAGUCCAACGCCUUGGUGGGACUGCUGGGGUACAGCUCUCACCAAGGCCUCAUGGGUUUCGGGGCUUCCCCCAGCCCAGCGAAGUCCACGCUGGUGGAGAGCCGGUGUUGCAGAGACCUGAUGGAGGAGAAAUUCGAUCAGGUGUGCCAGUGGGUGCUGAAAUGCAGGAAUAGCAAGAACUCGCUGAUCCAAAUGACAAUCCUUAAUUUGUUGCCCCGCUUGGCUGCAUUUCGACCUUCUGCCUUCACAGAUACCCAGUACCUCCAAGAUACCAUGAACCACGUCUUGAGCUGUGUCAAGAAGGAGAAGGAACGGACAGCAGCCUUCCAAGCCCUGGGGCUCCUUUCUGUGGCUGUGAGAUCUGAGUUCAAGGUCUAUUUGCCUCGAGUGCUGGACAUCAUCCGAGCAGCCCUACCCCCAAAGGACUUUGCCCAUAAGAGACAGAAGGCAAUGCAGGUGGAUGCCACAGUGUUCACCUGCAUCAGCAUGCUGGCCCGGGCAAUGGGGCCAGGCAUCCAGCAGGAUAUCAAGGAGCUGCUGGAGCCCAUGCUGGCAGUGGGACUGAGCCCUGCCCUCACUGCUGUGCUGUACGACCUGAGCCGUCAGAUUCCACAGCUGAAGAAGGACAUCCAGGAUGGGCUACUGAAGAUGCUGUCCCUGGUCCUUAUGCACAAACCCCUCCGGCACCCGGGCAUGCCCAAGGGCCUGGCCCAUCAGCUGGCUUCCCCUGGCCUCACAGCCCUCCCUGAGGCCAGCGACGUGGGCAGCAUUACUCUUGCCCUGCGAACUCUCGGCAGCUUUGAGUUUGAAGGCCACUCUCUGACCCAGUUUGUCCGCCACUGUGCGGAUCAUUUCCUAAACAGCGAGCACAAGGAGAUCCGCAUGGAAGCCGCCCGCACCUGCUCCCGCCUGCUCACGCCCUCCGUCCACCUCAUCAGCGGCCACGCGCACGUCGUUAGCCAGACUGCGGUGCAAGUGGUGGCAGACGUGCUCAGCAAACUGCUCGUGGUCGGGAUCACAGAUCCUGACCCCGACAUCCGCUACUGCGUCUUGGCAUCUCUGGAUGAGCGCUUUGAUGCACACCUGGCUCAGGCGGAGAACUUGCAGGCCCUGUUUGUGGCCUUGAACGACCAGGUGUUUGAGAUCCGGGAGCUGGCCAUCUGCACGGUGGGCCGGCUCAGUAGCAUGAACCCGGCCUUCGUCAUGCCCUUCCUGCGCAAGAUGCUCAUCCAGAUUUUGACAGAGCUGGAGCACAGCGGCAUCGGGAGAAUCAAAGAACAGAGUGCCCGCAUGCUGGGCCACUUGGUCUCCAAUGCCCCCCGGCUCAUCCGCCCCUACAUGGAGCCCAUUCUGAAGGCUUUAAUAUUGAAACUGAAAGAUCCAGACCCUGAUCCAAACCCAGGUGUGAUCAAUAAUGUCUUGGCCACAAUAGGAGAGUUGGCUCAGGUCAGUGGCCUAGAAAUGAGGAAAUGGGUUGAUGAACUCUUUAUUAUCAUCAUGGACAUGCUCCAGGACUCCUCCCUGUUGGCCAAAAGGCAGGUGGCUCUGUGGACCCUGGGGCAGUUGGUGGCCAGCACUGGCUAUGUGGUGGAGCCCUACAGGAAGUACCCCACUUUGCUUGAGGUCCUGCUGAAUUUUCUGAAGACUGAGCAGAACCAGGGUACACGGAGAGAGGCUAUCCGCGUGUUAGGGCUUUUGGGGGCCCUGGAUCCCUACAAGCACAAAGUGAACAUUGGCAUGAUUGACCAGUCCCGCGACGCUUCUGCUGUUAGCCUGUCAGAAUCCAAGUCAAGUCAGGAUUCCUCUGACUACAGCACCAGCGAGAUGCUGGUCAACAUGGGCAACCUGCCCCUGGACGAGUUCUACCCCGCCGUGUCCAUGGUGGCGCUGAUGCGGAUCUUCCGGGACCAGUCCCUCUCGCACCAUCACACCAUGGUAGUCCAGGCCAUCACCUUCAUCUUCAAGUCCCUGGGCCUCAAGUGUGUGCAGUUCCUGCCCCAGGUCAUGCCCACGUUCCUCAACGUCAUUCGAGUCUGUGACGGGGCCAUCCGGGAGUUUCUGUUCCAGCAGCUGGGGAUGCUGGUGUCCUUUGUGAAGAGCCACAUCAGACCUUACAUGGAUGAAAUAGUCACCCUCAUGAGAGAAUUCUGGGUCAUGAACACCUCGAUCCAGAGCACGAUCAUUCUUCUCAUUGAGCAAAUCGUGGUAGCUCUUGGGGGCGAAUUUAAGCUCUAUCUGCCUCAGCUGAUCCCACACAUGCUACGUGUCUUCAUGCAUGACAACAGCCCAGGCCGCAUCGUCUCCAUCAAGCUGCUGGCUGCCAUCCAGCUGUUCGGCGCCAACCUGGACGACUAUUUGCACUUGCUGUUGCCUCCUAUCGUGAAGCUGUUUGAUGCCCCUGAAGUCCCCCUGCCGUCCCGCAAGGCAGCGUUAGAGACGGUAGACCGCCUCACAGAGUCCUUGGACUUCACUGACUACGCCUCCCGGAUCAUUCACCCGAUCGUUCGAACCCUGGACCAGAGCCCGGAACUGCGUCCCACGGCCAUGGACACGUUGUCUUCGCUUGUCUUUCAGCUGGGGAAGAAGUACCAAAUUUUCAUUCCAAUGGUGAAUAAAGUCCUGGUACGACACCGAAUCAACCAUCAGCGCUAUGACGUCCUCAUCUGCAGAAUCGUCAAGGGAUACACCCUUGCUGAUGAAGAAGAGGACCCUUUGAUUUACCAGCAUCGAAUGCUGAGGAGUGGCCAAGGGGAUGCGUUGGCCAGUGGGCCGGUAGAAACAGGACCCAUGAAGAAACUGCAUGUCAGCACCAUCAACCUUCAAAAGGCCUGGGGAGCUGCCAGAAGGGUCUCCAAAGAUGACUGGCUAGAAUGGCUGAGGCGGCUGAGUCUGGAGCUCCUGAAGGACUCGUCUUCACCUUCCCUGCGCUCGUGCUGGGCCCUGGCUCAGGCCUACAACCCGAUGGCCAGGGAUCUUUUCAACGCCGCGUUUGUGUCCUGCUGGUCUGAACUGAACGAAGACCAGCAGGAUGAACUCAUCAGGAGCAUCGAGCUGGCCCUCACCUCGCAGGACAUCGCCGAAGUCACGCAAACUCUCUUAAACUUGGCUGAAUUCAUGGAACACAGUGACAAGGGCCCCCUGCCACUGAGAGACGACAACGGCAUCGUCCUGCUGGGCGAGAGGGCUGCCAAGUGCCGAGCAUAUGCCAAAGCACUACACUACAAAGAGCUGGAGUUCCAGAAAGGUCCGACCCCUGCCAUCCUAGAGUCUCUCAUCAGCAUUAAUAAUAAGCUACAACAGCCAGAGGCAGCUGCCGGGGUAUUAGAAUAUGCCAUGAAACACUUCGGAGAGCUGGAGAUCCAGGCCACCUGGUACGAGAAGCUGCAUGAGUGGGAAGAUGCGCUCGUGGCCUACGACAAGAAGAUGGACACCAACAAGGACGACCCAGAGCUCAUGCUGGGUCGCAUGCGCUGCCUCGAGGCCUUGGGGGAAUGGGGGCAGCUCCACCAGCAGUGCUGUGAGAAGUGGACCCUGGUUAACGAUGAGACCCAAGCCAAGAUGGCCCGGAUGGCCGCUGCAGCUGCCUGGGGCUUAGGUCAGUGGGACAGCAUGGAGGAAUAUACCUGUAUGAUCCCUCGGGACACCCACGAUGGGGCAUUUUAUAGAGCCGUGCUGGCACUGCAUCAGGACCUCUUCUCCUUGGCGCAACAGUGUAUCGACAAAGCCAGGGACCUGCUGGAUGCAGAGCUAACUGCUAUGGCAGGAGAGAGCUACAGUCGGGCAUAUGGGGCCAUGGUUUCUUGCCACAUGCUCUCUGAGCUGGAGGAGGUUAUCCAGUACAAACUCGUCCCCGAGCGACGGGAGAUCAUCCGCCAGAUCUGGUGGGAGAGACUGCAGGGCUGCCAGCGCAUCGUGGAGGACUGGCAGAAAAUCCUGAUGGUGCGCUCGCUCGUGGUCAGCCCCCACGAGGACAUGAGGACCUGGCUCAAGUAUGCCAGCCUGUGUGGCAAGAGUGGCAGGCUGGCUCUUGCUCAUAAGACCUUGGUGUUGCUCCUGGGAGUUGAUCCGUCUCGGCAACUUGACCAUCCUCUGCCAACAGUUCACCCUCAGGUGACCUACGCCUACAUGAAAAACAUGUGGAAGAGUGCUCGCAAGAUCGAUGCCUUCCAGCACAUGCAGCACUUCGUGCAGACCAUGCAGCAGCAAGCCCAGCACGCGAUCGCCAGCGAGGACCAGCAGCACAAGCAGGAGCUGCACAAGCUCAUGGCCAGGUGUUUCCUGAAACUCGGCGAGUGGCAGCUGAACCUGCAGGGCAUCAAUGAGAGCACCAUCCCCAAAGUGCUGCAGUACUACAGCGCCGCCACGGAGCACGACCGCGGCUGGUACAAGGCCUGGCACGCGUGGGCAGUGAUGAACUUCGAAGCUGUGCUGCACUACAAACAUCAGAACCAAGCCCGCGACGAGAAGAAGAAGCUGCGUCACGCCAGCGGGGCCAACGUCACCAGCACGACCACUGCCGCCACCACAGCGGCCACCGCCACCGCCACGGCCACCAGCACCGAGGGCAGCAACAGCGAGAGUGAGGCCGAGAGCACCGAGAACAGCCCCACCCCGUCCCCUCUGCAGAAGAAGGUCACUGAGGAUUUGUCCAAAACCCUCUUGAUGUACACCGUCCCUGCCGUCCAGGGCUUCUUCCGUUCUAUCUCCUUGUCUCGAGGCAACAACCUCCAGGACACGCUGAGAGUCCUCACCCUGUGGUUUGAUUACGGUCACUGGCCGGACGUAAACGAAGCCUUGGUGGAGGGGGUGAAGGCGAUCCAGAUUGACACGUGGUUACAGGUCAUACCUCAGCUCAUUGCAAGAAUUGAUACGCCCAGGCCCUUGGUGGGACGCCUCAUCCACCAGCUUCUCACCGACAUUGGCCGGUACCACCCCCAGGCCCUCAUCUAUCCCCUGACUGUGGCCUCCAAGUCCACCACCACGGCCCGCCACAACGCAGCCAACAAGAUUCUGAAGAACAUGUGUGAGCACAGUAACACCCUGGUCCAGCAGGCCAUGAUGGUGAGUGAGGAACUGAUCCGCGUGGCCAUCCUCUGGCACGAGAUGUGGCACGAAGGCCUGGAAGAAGCAUCUCGUUUAUACUUUGGGGAGAGGAACGUGAAAGGCAUGUUUGAGGUGUUGGAGCCCCUGCAUGCUAUGAUGGAACGGGGCCCCCAGACUCUGAAGGAAACGUCUUUUAAUCAGGCAUAUGGGCGAGACUUAAUGGAGGCCCAAGAGUGGUGCAGGAAGUACAUGAAAUCGGGAAACGUGAAGGACCUCACUCAAGCCUGGGACCUCUACUAUCAUGUGUUCAGACGAAUCUCAAAGCAGCUGCCUCAGCUCACAUCCUUAGAACUGCAGUAUGUUUCCCCCAAACUUCUGAUGUGCCGGGACCUUGAAUUGGCCGUGCCGGGAACAUACGACCCCCACCAGCCGAUCAUCCGCAUUCAGUCCAUAGCGCCGUCUCUACAGGUCAUCACCUCCAAGCAGCGGCCCCGGAAGUUGACCCUCAUGGGCAGCAACGGGCAUGAGUUUGUUUUCCUCCUGAAGGGCCACGAGGACCUGCGGCAGGACGAGCGAGUGAUGCAGCUCUUCGGCCUGGUGAACACCCUCCUGGCCAACGACCCCACGUCUCUUCGCAAGAACCUCAGCAUCCAGAGAUACGCUGUCAUCCCCUUAUCAACCAACUCGGGCCUCAUCGGCUGGGUCCCCCACUGCGACACGCUGCACGCCCUCAUCCGGGACUACAGAGAGAAAAAGAAGAUCCUUCUCAACAUCGAGCAUCGCAUCAUGUUGCGGAUGGCUCCGGACUACGACCAUCUGACGCUGAUGCAGAAGGUGGAGGUGUUCGAGCACGCCGUCAAUAACACGGCCGGGGAUGACCUGGCCAAGCUGCUAUGGCUGAAAAGCCCCAGCUCCGAGGUGUGGUUUGACCGAAGAACCAACUACACCCGCUCUUUAGCGGUCAUGUCCAUGGUCGGGUAUAUUUUGGGCCUAGGAGAUAGACACCCAUCCAACUUAAUGCUGGACCGGCUGAGCGGGAAGAUCCUGCACAUUGACUUUGGGGACUGCUUUGAGGUUGCUAUGACCAGGGAGAAAUUCCCAGAGAAGAUUCCAUUUAGACUAACCAGAAUGCUGACCAAUGCUAUGGAGGUUACUGGUCUGGAUGGCAACUAUAGAAUCACGUGCCACACAGUGAUGGAAGUGCUUCGGGAACACAAGGAUAGUGUCAUGGCCGUGCUGGAAGCCUUUGUCUAUGACCCCUUGCUGAACUGGAGGCUGAUGGACACAAAUACCAAAGGCAACAAGCGGUCCCGAACAAGGACAGAUUCCUACUCUGCUGGCCAGUCAGUAGAAAUUUUGGACGGUGUGGAGCUUGGGGAACCCGCGCAUAAGAAAACAGGGACCACGGUGCCAGAGUCCAUUCAUUCCUUCAUUGGAGACGGUUUGGUGAAACCAGAGGCCCUAAAUAAGAAAGCUAUUCAGAUUAUCAACCGGGUUCGAGACAAGCUCACUGGUCGGGACUUUUCUCAUGACGAAACCCUAGAUGUCCCCACUCAAGUUGAGCUGCUGAUCAAGCAAGCAACAUCCCAUGAAAACCUAUGCCAGUGCUACAUCGGCUGGUGUCCUUUUUGGUAACCCGAGGCCCAGAAGGGCCCACAGCGUUUCUCUUGAGGCUUUUGUACUUUGGAUAUGCUUCCACCAAACCACAACCAUGGCCAGGAAGUUUGACUUUGUUAAAUAUCUUGAAAUGUAAAUGAAAAGAACUACUGUAUAUUAAACGUUGGUUUGAACCAACUUUCUAGCUGCUGUUGAAGAAUAUAUUGUCAGAAACACAAGGCUUGAUUUGGUUCCCAGGACAGUAAACACAGAAAUACUACAUAAAUCAAGCCAUUGAUUUGGGGGAACAGAAGAUCCAUAACUUAGAAAUACGGGUUUUGACUUAACUCACAAGAGAACUCAUCAUAAGCAUUGCUGAUGGAAGAAUGGCCUCCUUGUCCUUCCCGAUAAGGACACGGCAAACUCUGCACAGUCAGGAAGCCUCAGGCCAUCGAGGACACGUGUUAGAAACCGGGAGGAGCUGACUUGGUCACUUCCACCCAUCCCGUUACCUCACUGGUCCGCGGACGGCAACAACAUUUGUAAGAUGGGCCAAAAUGGGUGGCAAGCGCCUGUCUUCUGCCUCACUCGUGAUGCCGCGACUUAACUCACUUCAAUCCAAGGCCCCAGUGCUAGGAGGGGAGUUUCUUGCAGUCGCUGGGUGGCCUUAGCUGAGCAAAUGCACAGAGAUCGUGGUGCGGUAGGGUGGCCCACAGUGGCCUUCCCCAGCAUGGUUUUGGGAUGUUGUCAGUGAAGUCCGAACGCUCUGUGUUUAGAGCAAGGGCUUGGAAAUAGAAAUGCGUCGUGGAGGUGCUCAACACAGAGAGGGAAGGUCUGGUACCCGCUGGGAAUUCUGAGCAAAGGAAAUAUUAAAGUAAAUGCACAAAGUAUCAAGUGUAGCCAUUCUAGACACCAUGUUGUAUCUGAAUAAUUUUUGUGCCAAUAAACAACAUCAGAAUUUUAAAAACA